GGACGCCGGAAGCAGUCAUCCAGAAGCUAGCAACAGCAUCUUUCGACCAUUCAAUAAGCUAAAACCUAGCAGUCUAAAUAUACUACAAUUUCCCUUUCGGCACUUCAUUUGACACUUAAUUCAUUUGUGUUAUUGAAAAGAGUGUGCUUCGCAUCAACUCCGAAAAGUCAUGGCAGCGGAUUGGCUGGGUAGUUUAGUGUCAAUUAACUGUGGACCAACACUGGGAGUCUAUCAAGGAGAGGUGGUGUGUGUGGACCAGUCCAGCCAAACCAUCUCAUUAAAACAACCUUUCCAUAAUGGAGUCAAGUGCCCUGUUCCCGAGGUCACAUUCAGUGCCAUUGACAUAAAGGAACUAAAGAUUUUAGAUAUCAGAAAAGGCAAUGCUAGGAAUAGCUCUUCUACGAAGGUAAGCAGUGUUCCAGUUGCAGUCCCAAAGGGUGACCCCAGGCCUGUGGAGAAACUCAACUCUCCUCAGCACUGCUCCAAAAGCUAUGGAGAACGUCACCUGGACGUACCCGGCCAGCCAAAAGGAUUUCGUCAAAGACACAACUCCUGGUCAUCUAGUAGCCGAGGGGCAAACCAAGCGACACCGAAAAAGAAUGGGGUGAAAAAUGGUCCGAUGAAGCACAGAGACGACGAGUGUUUUGGGGAUGGCAUGGACGACGGGCUGGAUACAGACUUUGAUUUUGAAGGAAACUUGGCUCUUUUUGACAAAGCAGCAGUUUUCUCAGAAAUCAACAUAUCAGAGCGCCGCAAUGGUGCAAGGUCACGUGGGACGCCCCAGGAGCAGACCCCUUCACGGUACCGUCAUGAUGAAAACAUCCUGGAGGCCAAACCUAUCGUGUACAGACAGAUUACUGUACCGCAGCCCGGGGCCAAAGAGUACUGCACUGACUCUGGGCUCGUUGUACCCAGUAUAUCCUAUGAACUACACCAGCGUCUGUUGUCAGUCGCUGAGCGUCAUGGUCUCUCACUGGAGCGAAGACUUGAAAUGACUGGAGUGUGUGCAAGUCAGAUGGCACUUACAUUGCUGGGAGGGCCCAACAGAUUCACUCCAAAAAAUUUACACCAGCGUCCCACAGUGGCUCUGCUGUGUGGCCCUCAUGUUCAGGGUGCUCAGGGCAUCAGCUGUGGUCGUCACCUGGCCAAUCAUGAAGUGGAGGUCAUCUUGUUUCUGCCAAACUUUGUCAAGAUGCUCGACUCAGUCACCAGCGAGCUCACACUCUUCAACAAGACUAGUGGCAAACAGGUGUCAAGCAUGAAAGACCUUCCAGACACCCCAGUAGACUUAAUCAUAAACUGCCUGGACUGCCACGAGAACACAUUCCUGUUGGAUCAGCCUUGGUACCGAGCAGCUGCAGACUGGGCUAACCAGAACCGAGCACCCGUACUCAGCUUAGACCCUCCUGGUAGGGGACAGGGGCAGGCUGUGGAGGCCAAGUGGUCUCUCUCUCUUUGCCUCCCCCUUCCCCUGGCUGAGGGAGCUGGCAGGGUUUACCUGUGUGACAUAGGUAUUCCUCGCCAGGUGUUCCAGGAAGUGGGAAUCAAGUACAUUUCUCCUUUUGGUUGCAAAUUUGUCAUCCCCUUGCACUCUCCAUAAUGGGACUAAUGGUCAACAUCCCUCCAUGCCCAUUUGGGUUUUGGCACCUUGUAUUCCAGAGUUCAUCCAUCAAGUUUCUAACUCAUGUGAAUGGGACCACUGUUUGGUACAUUAGUUCAACCAGGACUAAGUGCAUAUGGGUGGGAUAGGAAAGAGCUUUAUUGAAAAAGUAAAUGUGUUGACCAUCAGAGGAUUCAGCAGUUAUGUAGAUACCAUUGUAUUUACAUGAUAUUACAAGAUAUUUGGAAGAUAGAUUUUUCAAAAAAAUACAGCUGAAGUGUCAAAAAUAAUACCACAUAGUCAUCAGUAGUUUUAGAUUUAAUAAGACAAUAUCUGAUUUCAAAUGGAAACAUUUAUUAAUGUCUCUGUAAUCUAACCUCAUAUCAAAGCCAUCGGUUGAAUGAAAUGGAGAUCCACCAUAUACAUGCAAAUGUGUUAUUACUAUAAUCUGGAUGAGACAACAUAACACCAAUUUGCAUUGGUGUUACCAUUGCUAAUGACUUGGUUUAUAGCCUGCCAUACUCUUCAGCACUCUGUUACUGUUGUCUUAUGUUUUAUUAGGAUAGAAAAUCCAUUUAUAUUCCAUUUGAUAAGAUGACCCAACAUGCAAAACCUCUAGCAAUCUUUCCUUUUAAUGAAAAACCUUUGCUAUCUAAAUUUUGUUACAAUGGGGAGCCAAAGUCAUAACGUCAUGCCCGGGCUAGCCUCUGUUCCACUAGCUUCUGUAAGUCAAUGCAUUCAGCAUUUAUUUUAUCGGUCACGUCAAGACAAUCAAGACAAUUCGCCACCCACUACUGCAGUUGUUAUAAGCAGUUGUUACAUUAACAAAGUUAAACGCUUACUAUGUGAGCAUAGAAAAAACUACUGCUCCCAUGAAAGAACUACAAGCGCGGGUACUUCGGUCAUUGUAACGUGGUUUUGUCCAUAUCCAUAAAACGUGCGUAAAGGCCGUUAAAAACAAAUAUUGAAUAAUAAAAAUUAAAAAAACUACUGGCCUUGUCUAAACUCUUGAAGCGAGCCACACAACAUACUGUUGAGAAAGACCGUUCCAAAGCUAGAUUUUUAGUUAUUACUGUAGAGUAGUAACACAUGUCAGUGAGAUUUUGAAUGACAUUUUCUGGGAAUAGAACCCAGAAAGAAGUUGCAUUUUCACUUUGGCUAACUUUGGCUCUCUAUUGUAUCUGUUAAAGGACCAUACCAGAGUGUUGGCAAGUUUCACUUCCUUGCAAAUCAUGUGUUCUGACCUUUCUUUUAAUUCAGACUACUGUUAAAAAACUGAUAUUUUUCUAUUGGUUUCCAGUUAUUACAGUAUAAAAGAAAUUAAUUAGCAGACUCCUAGAGCUCUGUUAUGUUGCUAAUCCAUCGCAGUGAACAUAAAGUCUGCAGUAGUUAAAUUAUUUUUGUGUGGUAAUGUAGAUAAUCGCAUAUUUUAAAAAUCUGCACUGCAUUACACUAACAAAAAUGAAUGCAUACUUGACAUUGUCUGUGAUGGACUAAAGUUUCAAGAGUAUCCUAGUACAUUUUCAUGUUCUAUUGAAAUGAAUAGAAGCUAAUAGAUGCCUGAAAGACAAAAUGCAUCAACCUUUCUAAAAAAAAAAACAGUAGCAUGGUUUUCAGAUGGUUAGUUGUGAUGUACAAUGGGAGUGAUUGUAAAUGGUGGUAUGGUCCUUUAACGUUUCAAACCACCUUGCAGGUCAGACUGUCUACAGUUAACUUUUUUUUUUUUUUUUUAAACAAAGUUGUGUUGGUUGACAAAACAAGCUGCCUUUUUCUAAAGUAUAAAUGCUCUUUGAUCAAGAUGCAACAUUUUGAGUAAUUAAAGAAGAGCUGCUUGUAGAAAAGGCUAAAGUGAAGCAGUUUCAGAAGUUACAAAUGAUGUAAUUUGGGAUAUGGUUUAUGGUGUGGUAUUGUGUCCAUACAUUAACUUGUUAACAUCUCAGGAGGAUUAAAAAGAAGUUGUUUUUUUCCCGCUGUACACAUUAUCAGCACAGGGUUCACAAACUGAUUCAGUGAAAAUUACUUUCAUGCACAAAGGGUUUGUCCUUUCUCCAACAUUCCUCCGGCCUGAUGUGUUAUGUCACGUCUGUUGAGACAAGUCUGGCUUGAAAACAUCCACCAGCGUUACUGAAUGUAAUGAGUUUUUUUCUUUGGCCGCCAGGGGGCCAUUAACCACACUUUGGGUGGCUCUUCCUUAUUCUGUUAUAAUGGCAGCUUUAUGUACUAUGUCUACAAACACUAGUGUUAUUUCUCUACGAAAUGUGAAGCGUCAGAAACCACGAGGUGGUCUGGCUUUUGUCAGGAAAGCACCUGUUUAAAAGAAUAAUUGUUUAAACGCAGGUUUUGCUUCUUGAGAAUUAUUAAAUUAGUUUACAUGUUUUAAAUCCUCAGAUCUGCACUGGGUGUUUAGUCCGUGCGAGAACAUCGCAUUAUAUAACCAGUGGGAGGUUUUAUCUAUACAGGACAACUUUUUGCUUUUGGGAGCGAAGUCGAGGUUCAAAAUACUGCGCAGUUCUCUUGUGUCAUGUCUGCAGAUUGAAACAAUAAAAAACUUCUACCGUUGCUCUAA